AUGAUGAAAAAGCUCUUGCUAGACAAUCAGAAAGUUAUGGCUGAGAAUCAACAAUUGCGCACAGAGUUUAGAAAUCUAGAGAGGCAGUUUGGGAAAAUGGCUAACAAUCAGAAUAUUAGACCUGCUAGAGCUCUCCCAAGUGAUACAGAAAAAAAUCCUCAAGUCAAUGCAGUGAUGUUGAGAAAUGGGAGAGAGUUGGUAGAAGUGCCUAAGAAGAAAAAGGAGCAGUCUGGGCUCGAAGAUGAAACAGUGCCAAAACCUGUAGAGGUAGAUGAGAGAAACAAAAUAGAGUCUGAGCAAAUAUCAGAGAGGGUGCCACCCCCUUUUCCUCAAAGAUUGAGAAAUAAGAAUGAUGACCACAUAUUUCACAAAUUUCUAGAUAUGCUGAAGCAGAUACACGUGAACAUCCCUUUGGUGGACAUGCUCCGUGAGGUCCUAAAAUAUGAAAAAUAUAUUAAGGAUAUAGUGGCAAAUCAAAAGAGGUUAACUGAGUUUGAGACUGUCACACUUACUGAGGAGUGCACUUCCAGGAUUGAACAUAAGCUUCCACAAAAGCUUAAGGAUCCGGGUAGUUUUACCAUCCCCGUGAGGAUUGGUGAAAUUGAUGUGGGUAGAGCCUUGUGUGAUUUGGGUGCAAGUAUCAAUCUGAUGUCGUUGUCAGUGUUCAAACAAUUGGGUUUAGGAGCUCUGAGACCCACCGCUGUGAUACUACAGUUAGCUGAUAGAUCUUAUGUUUAUCCUGAGGGGUAA